GAGUGUAAGAGAAAAAGAGAGAAAGAGAGUGGGAGAGAGAGAGUGAGUGUGAGGGUGAGGGUGAAAGGGGGAAAGGAAAGGCGUUGGACUACCGGGGUAGAAAGAAAGGAGGACGCGAGAAUGGAGGUACCGAGAAAGGGAUCGAUCGCUUCCCGAUAGCUGGCAUGGAGGACACGGCACUAGGGGGUCCUCCUAACGAGGGAAAAAUAAACUUCUUCACUUUCUUCUUACCGUUAUCUCCGAGGUCCGAGGUAUCGAAUAUGGCAUCAGGAUUGCCGAGCGCUCGUCAGAGGAAGCUUGGACCAGCACCAAUAGCAUCCUUCGAAGACCUGUCGGACGAGGUGGAAAACGGGGAACCGACAACACGAAUGCCAGGCAUCAUCGAGGUCGCCACCCCGGCAACGCCUGGUAGUUCGCUAAAGACACCCAGUACACCAAGAAUUGAUAUCAGCCGGGCAAGCAGUUCCUCACACCAUGAGGAUAGCAAUUCUAGGGAAUCAUCACCCGAGAGAGAACUUCUCGCAGGUGGAGAUCCUCCUCCAGGGUGUAAGCUGACCUUAGGUUACAAGGAAGAUGCGCAGGAUUUAAGAUCGUCAACUGAGGAAUUAGAUUUGCAGGAUCCAAUACACGAGCAAGAUCUUAGGAGGGAAUCGAAGAAGGCAAGAAAACGAAGAGAAGAUGGAUCACAAUCGGAUUAUAGUGGUGGAACGAGGCAUACCCAAGACAGAGAACGGAAGGAUAGUAAUUGUUCAGAAAUCAUUCUACUUAACAUCAGCGGUAGAACCUCCAGAUUGUCUUCUGUUGGAAGUCAGGGUUCUGGUGUUUCCGGAAAACUCUCGGUGGUUUCGGGUACUUCAUCGAGGUCACCGAGUCCGCACAAAUGUCUAUUGGAGACGUCCUUUUGUGGUAGCAAGCCGACUUUAGCUGAUAACUUGAUUGAACCAUCGAAACCAGAAACCGAAGACUUAGAAAAGAUUUUGUUGAAACGCGAAGCCGACACCACUAAAGCGUUAAUUCCAGAAAGUAUUAAAGUAUCAAUGGUCGGUGGUAAUUUGAAGCCAGAUCCUUUAGAUAAGCCAAGAAGACGCGGUAGGGAAGAAAGGAAAGAGAUAUUUAAGAGAGAAGUGGAGAUUACUAAGAAAUUCUUAGAAAAGGUUAACAUUGAGGUACCAAUUAUUCGUAAAUCAUCUGAAUCAACGCAACAACAACAACAAUUACAACAACAACAACAACAACAGCAACAACCAGUUAAAAGUCAGCCACAAGAAGUUCAAAAACCCGCAACCUUAGAUUUUAACGACAAACGAAAAAAAGCACAGAAUUUCAAAGAGAUCGUCCAAACAACACCAACGGCUAGUAGCUUAACUGGUAGUCCUAAAUUACCGAGACAUCAAAAGGUUCGAGAUCUCGAGGGAUCCCGUACACCUAGUCCAUCUUCCGUAUCGAGAAAAAGCAGUUUUGCCUCUUUAUUCAAGACCAGAACUGAUGGCAGCGUACUGAGCCCAGAAUCACCGUCGCCGAGUACUAAACCACGUAGGAGUUUAACAUCCAAGAUAAAGGACACCACGGAGAGUCUAAGGAGCAGAUCAAAAUCGAGAGAAAGGGUUGCCGUUGAUAAAGGUGGUGGUUCUUCUACAUUGAAGAAGGAUUCCAAGAACAAGGGUGUCUUCUCGUCUACAUUGAGUUUGUUCAAGAAACGUGAAAGGAAAAAGAGUUAUGAUGAAGCUAUUGCAUCUUCGUCAUCCGGUGCUGCAAUUGAGUAUGAUGUUGGUUAUAGUGUUGGUAGUAGUAACGUUGUUGAUCAACCACAACAACAACAACAACAACAACAGUCGUUGGAAAGUAUUGGUCCGGUCGAGUUUACUUUCAACACGGAAAAAGAAAGACGCAAAGAUGAUUCAAUUUUCAUCAGUCUUCAUGCUGACGAUAGAAAUUAUGAGGAAGCAUUACCAUCCGAAAGUGUUUCGAUACCGUUAGAAACACCAACCAAAUUGUUAGAUGAAUACGAAUCAGAACCACGUACGACUAAUACGGGUGGUAUCAUGAUGACCGAAGUUUCCAUUGAACAUCAUCGUCCUCCUGUUAUUGAAAUGAGAACCGAAGCUAGAAUUGAAAUGACACCGUCUAAAAGAUCAUCGUUGGAUAAUCAAACGAUACCACGUAGCCCAUCGAGAGAUUCACAAACUUCAUUGAUUAGUGGCCCAUCGAAAGAUUCGAAAAUAAUCAAUGUCAAAGAUAAUUUAGAUAAUACGUUAAUUAAAUCAUCUACUAUCAUCAAAACCACCACUUCAACGUCACCAACUUCGGCUAACGAAAUUAGGCCAAUGUCCGGAUCUAAUCAAAGAUUGUCCGGUAGUUCUUCCAAAGAUUCGAUUUCGAAGAGAACUGUUGCUUCCGAGGUUGUUACGAAGAUCAAAAGAAAAAGUAAAGACGAACAGGUCAUUUCAUCUGCCGAUAAAAUAGACGAUUUUACAUCCCAUAAAAAGAAGAUGUCGGAUAUCAGUGAUGUUACAAAAACUGUCGUCGAGUCUAAAAAGGAAUUUUUGGAGGACAGUUUAUCUGUUAAAAUGGCGGAAGUUAAUUUAGUGAAGACUUCUAGCGUAAUAUCGGAUCUCGAUCAUAACAGUUCAGAAUCCGAAAGGGAUUCCGAGAUAGAAUUUAUUCGUAAUAAGACUGAGAAAAUUAGCGAGGAAUUACCGGAUGAACGUAAGGGUCUGUUCAACGAGGAAAGCUUCGAAGAAGAUCUUCCUUACAUUCCAACGACCUUGCCAUUGGAGAAAAGCGUAGCUGUACCGAUUUUACCUGUUAAACAACGACUGCAAGAAGUUAGAACGAUACCAAUCGAGAGGCCACGUUCAACGACACCGAUUAAUCCAACGUUAUUGGACGAGUUCGUGAUGCAAACAUCACUAGAUGAAAGACGUGUUGAAAGAAUGAAAAUAUCCUUACCACGUGAGGACAGUUUUAAACUGAAGAGUCCGAAAAGGCACGCAGCUAAUACGUUCAGUGAGUUCGCUGGUAAAGUUACGGACGGUGGUCGUAACAGGACAGCCGGUAAAUCACCUAGUCCACCACCAUUACCACCAAGAGCACCUAGCAGACCAACCAAUUGGAUUAAUUUCGAGGAAAUACCUGAGAAAAGAAAGGCACCGAAAAUAAUUCAAACGAUUCCGCGUACCGAGGAUGAGGUUAAUAAAACAACCGGUUAUAGUUACGUACAACCAGAAGAAUGUAGAUGUGAGUGUCAUGAGGAAUCCAGAAGAGCAUCGAUCAACAGGGAAACAACAACGACGAUGACAACAACUUCAACAACUGGAACAACGGCAACCAACGUUACGAGAACUUCGUCAUCUUGUAGCAGCAGCAAUGGGGAACGUACCUGCAACGGUGAAAAUUGUGUCUUACCGACAACUAACAGUUCUGUCGAUCGUGCCAGCAUCGUCAGUGACAGCUCGUUGGAAUGCAGUUUGAGCAUCGAGGACAACCAAAUUAUUAUGGGACAUGCUGUAGUUAAUCAACAGACUCACGUCAAUUCGGGAAAACCAUUUAUCAUGGAUUUGGAUGUUAGAUCUAAUAGAUCGAGUAUCGUUUCUCAGGAAGAUAACGAUGACAAUUCGUAUCAAUGAAAUGGGCUGACGUUCGUCUUUGAAACGAUUAAAACAAAAAGACGGAAACAACAGCAACAACAAUUAAUUAUCUACGUGUUUACGUUUAGAACGCGAUUAAUCAUUUUUUUCUUCGACAAAAAUUCGCAUUUUAAAAUCGUGCUGCAAACAGAUGAUCAUUCUAAUUAUCGAUGAUAUUUAGACGAAGGUGUUUCUCGUAUUAUCCAAUCGAAAUCUCUCAUUUCAAAAAUUGGUCCAUUUCCGAACAAGGAAUUUUCAGAUUGGGGAUUGGAGUGGGGGUUAGGUUAACCUAAAUUCGACAGAAUCUUCCUAAUUUUUUUAUAUUCUUUGAUUGAAAUUAAUAUUAGAUGAUCGUUUACUUUAAAAUAAUGAAUAUGGUUGUUACGAGAUUCACCUUUGUUACGUAAAAGAAAAAAGAAAAGAAAAAAAAAAAAUCAAGAAAACUGUGUUGCACAAUGACGCACUUUUAGAUAUCACCCGUUGCGAAUUUAAAAUGAGCGAUGCAUCGCUGCCAGCUAAAAUAAUAAUAAUAUAAUAAUAAUAAUAAUAAUAAUAAUAAUAAUAAUAAUAAUAAUAAUAUAGAAAAAACGAUUUUAUCUGUAUUCUAAAUAAAAAAUUCGAAAUGCGAGUUGGAUUUAAACGAACGGAACGGAACGGAAUGGAAUUGAACGAAACGAAACGCUCUCAUUGGUAAAAGUUUAAAUCUAAUUUUUAUCGUUGAUAAGAUGAAA